GCUCCGCAACGUUAGCGAACGAAAGUGAAAUUAUCUCAGUGAAAAUGACAGUGUGGCUACUAACCUUUUGCGUGUUUACCUUCGCUUCGGCUAGUUCUAAUGACCAAAAUGGGAAAUACGAUGAGAAAGUGAAGAGUUACCAGCUGGAUGUGCCUGGAAAAGAACCGAUUACAAUUAUCGAAAAAGCUCAUGAUAGUGAUAUUCCUAAAUGGAAGGAAAUUACUGUGGAUGGAAGUAAAGAUGAUAUGGAGUUGAAGAAUUUGAUGACGCACAUUGUUCACGACAUCAAUGGGAACACUCCAAGGUGUUACGGACCAUCCUGCCAAGAAGGAUACAUUAAUGAUGGCCCUACUGAUAGUUACGAUAUUGAUAUAAUCGACGAGGAGAAAAUGAAAAAAUAUCAGGAUUAUUCAAAUGAUCGUUUACAAGCAAUUUCUGCUCUGGCAGCAAAACUUAAAAAGGAUAAAAUAAAAGCAGAUCGCUAUCAAAGUAUGGAAACUGAAGAUAGCGAUGAGGAUGGAAAUGGAAAAGUGUACACUACCUGGAAUAGAUUAAAAGUAAAACAACACAAACACCCCUACGAUGAUAAAGAGGGAUGGGUGACACUUGAGCCUGUUGCAUGGUCUACUAGUAAAAUAUCAAAGUGGAAACCAAAUGUCAAGAAACAAAAACCUAAUCAUUGGAAUGAUAAUGAUAACAGAUUCCCGGAUGAUGACGGAUAUAACCCGUAUCAAGAUUCUGAUAAUGGCUAUAGUUAUCCACAUAAAAGACCAAGCUUAAGCCGUCCUGGUUAUAUCAAUAAUAAACUACAACUGCCUCUUACUUAUGAUGCGGUUGAUGAUAAUAUACCUAAAAGGCCAUCAUGGAAUAAACCAGAACAAACAUCUUUUACAUCAUCCUGGUCUCCAGAUGAAGGUAGGCGUCCAUAUAAACCAAGCUGUGAUUCUGAAGAACAUCGUCCAAAUGAUGAAACUGUACUUUAUGGAAUAUCUGAUUCUGUGGUAACUGAUCAUCGUCCAUCACAUUUCCCAUAUGAAUACGAAGCUCUUCAUCCAGCUUCGAUGCACAAGCGUCCUAUGAGACGACCAACGCAAGUAGUUUACGCUGGAACGCCAGAUUUAAACAGUGAUUAUGGGUCGAGUGAUUCUAGACCGCCAUACGGUGAUGGACAAUGGGUAUUGUUAUCUACGACUAAAGGAUAUAGAAAUAAAAAACGGCAGAGAUCUUUAAAUCCAUCGAGUGCACCAAUGGAUGGUAGUUCUGAAUUUGGAUCGGUUACAUCGCAUCAAGCUGUAGCAUUAACUGUUUUGCCUAUAGAUAAUGAUAAAAAAAAUAUGACGACUUCACAUGGAGGCUUGUUAGAAGUUGAGAAAAGUUUUCAAACGGUAGAAGAAUCUAAACGUGAUAUGGACAAAAAGAACGAUUUAGAUAUAUCGGAGUCCAGGCCUGUCAGAAGAAUUAUUAGGAAGAAGGUGCCUUCAAACGUAGCGCCUGAUAGAUCUACUAUACUGGCAGCAGUUGGUGCGGGCAUGGUGCCUGCCACCAUGGCUAUGGUAGUCCCCAUGAUGCUGGGUCGUAGGCGUCGAAGACGAGAUCUCAGUGGAUCAUCAGAGCAAAAUAUAGACAAUAUUUUUUAUAAA